AUGGACAAGGCCGACUUCUUAAAAGGACUCCCAGUCUACAACAAAAACAACUUCAGCAGAUUCCACGCCGACUCGGUCUGCAAAGCAUCUAACCGAAGGCCGUCGGUGUAUCUGCCCACGCGGGAAUACCCCUCAGAGCAAAUCAUUGUCACAGAGAAGACCAACAUCUUGUUGCGGUACCUCCACCAACAAUGGGACAAAAAGAACACUGCUAAGAAGCGGGAGCAGGAGCCGGCGGAGGGCGACAACACGGCCCCUCCCUGUAAAAUGGCGCGCACGGACAGUCGGGAACUCGGCGAGGACUCGUGA